AUGGCAGGAGGUGGUUUCGUUGAUCAAGGUCAAGUUAAGCAUUUUGAGGGCAAAGUGACAACCUUUGUGUUGGUCACAUGUUUCGUGGCAGCCAUGGGAGGUCUUCUCUUUGGUUACGAUCUCGGGAUUACAGGAGGAGUCACUUCCAUGGAUCCAUUCCUGAUCAAGUUUUUCCCUUCUGUGUAUAGAAGAAUAAAGGCUGGUGUUCAUGAGAACACUUACUGCAAAUUUGACGACGAAAUCCUUACGUUGUUCACCUCGUCCUUGUACCUCGCAGCUUUGGUUGCUUCGUUCUUUGCUUCUUCUACUACAAGAAUACUUGGUCGGAAACCUUCCAUGUUUCUUGGUGGUUUGUUUUUCCUUGUCGGUGCAUUAUUGAAUGGCUUCGCAGUAAACAUCGCAAUGCUCAUCAUUGGUCGUAUACUGCUUGGUUUUGGUGUGGGUUACUGUAAUCAAUCUGUUCCAGUAUAUUUAUCUGAGAUGGCUCCAGCGAAUAUUAGAGGGGCACUUAACAUGGGAUUCCAAAUGAUGAUCACAAUUGGCAUUUUGAUUGCGAACCUUAUCAACUACGGAACUGCUAAGUAUGAAAACGGAUGGAGAAUUUCUCUAGGUGUUGGAGCAGUGCCUGCAUUUUUGUUGUGCAUUGGAUCAGUUUUCUUGGGAGACACACCAAACUCCAUGAUUGAAAGAGGCAAAACCGAAAAAGCCAAGGAAAUGUUGCAGAAGAUUCGUGGAAUUGAGAAUGUUGAUGAUGAGCUCCAAGAUCUGAUUAAUGCAAGUGAAGCAGCCAAACAAGUUGAACACCCAUGGAAGAACAUUUCACAAUCCAAAUAUAGGCCCCAAAUCACUUUCUGCACUUUAAUUCCAUUCUUCCAACAGCUAACAGGCAUCAAUGUCAUCAUGUUCUACGCACCAGUUCUCUUUAAGACUCUUGGCUUCGGUGCUGAAGCUUCCCUCAUGUCAGCAGUUAUUACUGGACUCGUUAACGUUAUUGCCACAUUGGUGUCUAUAUUCACUGUGGAUAGAUUUGGAAGAAGGAUUCUGUUCCUUGAAGGUGGCAUCCAAAUGCUUGUUUGCCAGAUUGCCGUGGGAGUCAUGAUAGCUUUGAAGUUUGGAGUGAAUGGGCAAGGUUCAUUCAACAAAGGUGAAGCCGACUUGCUUCUGUUCUUGAUUUGUGCAUAUGUGGCAGCAUUUGCUUGGUCUUGGGGACCAUUGGGAUGGUUAGUGCCAAGUGAAGUGUGUCCUUUGGAGAUCAGAUCAGCUGGGCAGGCCGUUAAUGUCGCAGUGAAUAUGAUCUUCACAUUUCUAAUUGCCCAGAUCUUCUUGCUCAUGCUUUGCCACAUGAAGUUCGGUCUCUUCUUCUUCUUCGCAGCUUUUGUUCUCAUAAUGACCUUCUUCAUUGCUUUCUUCCUUCCUGAGACUAAGGGCGUACCCAUUGAAGAGAUGAACUCAGUGUGGAAGUCACAUUGGUUCUGGAAUAAGUUUGUUCCUCUCGAUGCUGACACAAAAAGUCAUGAUCAGAAGACAAAUCCAUGA